AGGACCAGCAGAGAGAAGAGAUUCCAUCUUCCAGAGGUUGCCACUGUCUGCCUCCCCACUUGUCCCCAUUUUCAGUCAUCUUUUUUAAUAUAGAGUGACGCAUUAGUUGUCUAGUUCUUCAUAGUGAAUGUGGUUUAAGUCUAACAUCAUUCCUGUUGCCAUGAAAUUUGAACCUUAGUGUUAUUUUCACUGAAAAUUGCCUUUAAGUUUGAUAUUCUUUCCCCAAUGAUAUUGACUGUUUUAAAUUAAUAGAUUUAUCACUGUUUUCUGAGCUAUAUAGAGCCUUAAAUGAAAAAGUAUUUUUGACUAUUUUUUCAUAUUUUUGACUAUGCACCUGUGAUAAUGUUACCUGUUAAAUUCUUUUUUAGUGGAGUUUUUUUUAAAAAUAAGUAGAAUUUCAAGAAAUAAUGCUUCAUGGAAUAUAGAAGUUACAAAAUCUUGAAGUAUCAUUUAAUAUUUUUCUCUCAAUGAUUUUCCCUUUAAAAUUUGCAAUGAGUUUUUUUUUCUGUGUAUGCAUAAUAAAUUAGAUCUUUUUGGAGAAAUUAAUUAAUGUCAAAGAAAUAAGCCCUUCUAUUUGUUGCAGCUUAUUGUUUCUCAAAUUGCCUACACAGGCAAAAGGUUAAAACUAAAAAAUUCUUCGUUGUUAAAUUUCUCCCAUUUUGUUGUACUGUGUGAGGAGUUUACAAAUCAAAAUGUACUUGGGUUAUAAACAUCACAUGAGUUUUGUGUGCAGUGCUUUGCAGUGUGGUGCAUGGAGCUUGGCAGCAACCUUAUCCCAUUUGGUUGGGGAGGUUACAGAUCUUGUGCAUUAGUGCCAUGCUAAAAGAAGUUUGCAGGUAUCUCACAACACAGGGACUUGACCAAACCCUGCUUAGAUCCAUCCUACCUGAACCACGCAUUUUCAUUAACUAAAUGAAUAUCCCAAGUGUUUGUUCCAUGUGUAUCCUCUGCUCAGUGAUUCCUCACAUCAUUAAUUUGGUAUAUUCUCUUCUGCCCCUCUUUAUUAUUAUUUCUUUUAGCAUUUGUAAAAUUUUGUGUACCACCUGCAGCUCUUUAUAGAAGCUUCACCUUUCUUUAUGUCUCGCUGCCAAAGGCUUUAUGAGUUUUGCAGCUAGACCACAUUUUAAAAAAUACAUUUUUGUAGCUAAUGAAAGACAUUGGUUUAUGUUAUAUAAGUAUUCAUGUGUUUUUUUUUUUGCAGUGAUUAGUUGAGUUUAAUAAUAAAAGACAAAUUUUAUUAGUGACACUGUUCAAUUUUCUUUAGACUCUUUCCUCUAGUACUUAAUAUUUCUCUGCAGUAGAAUUACCAUUUGAGUUAAAGACCAUUUUAUUCUUACGUGAAGCCUGAAGGAAUGAUCCAAACUCCAAUUAGGACCAUCACUAAAGCUGAUUUUCUGUAGACUGACUUCAGCUAAGAUAGAGUUAGUCCUAAAGACUAGCAAAAGCAUUUUCUCAAAAUCAUAUUCUGUUUUGUUGACAAAUAGGAUAGUGUGGUUUUCCUAUCUAACUGCUGUACCUGUUCUAAUGAAUAUGAGAUGUAAUAGCUAUCUGGCUACAAUUUUGAUUUCUCAGCAGGUCUGGGUCAUUUUAAAUUUAGAAACUAAAUGUUUCACCAUCUGGUGUCUCAUAUCUUAGUUUUAUUGUCUGUGUCCCUGCUGUGCUGUUCAGAGGCAGUAUGGUGUGUUCUAAUGUAAUGUCUCCAAAAUCAAGGUUUUUGAUUAAAAUGGAUUAGUAGGUAAAAAAGGGACUAUUAAUCUCAGAUUUUGUUAGGCAAUCAUGGUCUUAGUAAUAGUUUAGGAAUUUCUUUAAUGACCCAAAUCUUUUUUUUUUUCCAAAUGCUUUGAAGUUACGUUAUUCAUUCAUGUUAAUACCCCGAUGGGUCGAUAAAAACAGAAAAAAACAAAACAAAACACCACCAGGUAAUCUUUCGUGGUCACAUCCUCUUUCAAGGAAUCCCAUGGCACUCAAUGAAGUUUUUAAAAAUAGUUUUAAUUAGAGAUAAAGUGGUGGAGGGAGGUUUAAAGAGGUAGGAGUUUGGGUGAAAUUUGAACUGUAAAUGAGUGGGAUAAAUUAAAGAAAUGACUGGUAAUAAAUGAGAUUUGUUAUUAAGAAGUGCGAUUUGGACCUGAAAAAAAAAAACACAUUAACUGCAAGAUAGAAAACUUUAUGGUUAGAAUGCAACAUAAUCCAAAGCUAAAUUAACAGUAGUGUCAAAGAAGUCAGGAUUGGAUAUCCAAGAAGACCUAGCCAGCUGCUCCACUUAACAUUACAUCAUAAGCAAUUUCUGUGUUGCUGUUGUUUUUAUUAACAUUUUGAUGGCUGUAUCUUAUUACAUUAAAUCAAUUGGCCCUAACUUACCCAACCAUCUUGCUAUUUUUCGGUGUCUAGUUCUUGGAAAAUAUGUAAUAAUUUACUCUCAGAUUUGGGUCAUGUUUUGUCAACAUCAUACCAACCAGGUUUGUUCACUUAAUGACCUGUACUCUAGGUAUGUUUCUAUAAUUAUGGUCAGUGAAGACUGCACCUAGAACCAAAGACUAUCCAAAGAUUCAUAAUUCUAAAGUGAGGGCAUUUUCUAGUUUACAAUAGAUGUCCUUUUCCCCUUUUUUGCUAUUAUUAACUUCGCAGUGAAUGUCAUCUUGCCUUUUUGAAAAAUAAAUUCUUAUUGACAUCUAAGGAGCCCUUACUCUGUGUUAAUCACUUUGCUGGUAUGUUUCACAUAAAAUAUGUCUUUUAAUCCUCACAAGUGAAGGAAGUAGACACUAUUACUAUUCCCAAUUAACAGAUUGGGGAAUUGAGGCUUACACAAAUUAAUUUGCCCAAGUUAAAACAGUAAAUAAAUGGUAAAGACAAGGGUUGAACCCACGUAUUUCUCCAGUAUUCUCUCUAUAAGCAGUUUAUAAUCUUGACUUAUCUCACUGUUGCUUUUUCCUAUUUUUGAAAACAUUUAUUAAAUCUCGUAGAACUUUUGUGACUCAACAAAAGCUAAUUUUGUAAAUAAAUUUCAGAAAUUAUUAUGUCAGAUUCCGCUAGUUCGAAGUGUUCUUAACCUAGGACCUCAUGGAUAGAAUUCAGGAGAUCCAUAAACUUAGAUGGGAGGUCACUAUCCUCUAAUAAAUUUAGCAUUUUCUGCUAUUGUAAAUGUUAGCAACAAACUACAAUAAUGUUAGCAGUGCUUGUGACAUUGCCAGUAAAAACCACAGAUAUUUUAUUAUCACAAAGUUAAGGCAAAUACCUCAAAACAUAUACACUCAUCACAACUUUGAUACAGUAGUUUUUAGACCUGCCACUAGAUCCUGUUAUUUAAUGCUAUUUAAAAAAAGCAUUUGAUAUUUCAGUAAUACUGGUUUCCCUUGUAAUCUUACGUAUUUUAUAUUGAGCAUUUAAAAAGAUUGUUCUGAAGUAUCUAGAGGUUUCAGCAGAUUGACCAAGGGCUCUUGUGGCAAAAAGCUUAGCAUCUAAGAUUCUUUCUACAUAGCUUGGAAAUGCACAGAUGUUGUUUAGGGUAGUUACUGGUGUUCUAAUUUACAUGUCUAGAAGGAGUUAUAAAACUGAAUAUCAGACAGAAUCAAACAUAAUGAAAAGAAGUUGCUUUGCUUUCUAUUCAUAAAUGUAUAAUUUCUGAUAAAAUUAUUUAAGCCAUGAGUAUUUAGGAUGUGAAAUGUUUUUUAGAAGGCCAUAAACUUAACAUACAUAAAUGUUCAUUUUUUUUUUUAAUACAUCUCAAAAGGCUCCUCAGUACUGGUGAUUGGUUUUAUUCCAUAAGUAAUUCUGCCCUGGUUCCUUUGGGUUUCAUUUCUUUUAUCUUGUUAGUUGAAACUCAAAAUAUCCAAAGAUACAAAGCAAUUCAACUGUGUGCUAGGACCUGGGGAGAGGUUUGAAUUGCUACCAAUUGUAUUGGGAUUUUUUAUUUUUAUGUCAUAAAAUGGUCAGUUGCAGCUCUAAUUAAAGUUGUGAUUAAAGAUAAAAUUCAAACCAAAAUGUAGAUUUGCCAAGUAUACAAAUUAAAUAAACUGUUGAUCUUGACUAGGUUUUAUUUGUUGUUAUUUUAUCAUUUUGUGCAGGAGUAUUUUGAUAACUUAGGAAGUGAUUCUUCCCUUCUCUUCCGCCUCAGCCCUCGCCUCCUUUUAUUACUUUAGUUUAUUAAAUGCUUCAUUUAGUUCUAGUAACCGUACAUUAAAAUGGGUACAGUUUAUUUUCUGGAAGUACAGGUAAAUAAGCCCAUAGAAACAGCACUAAAUGCUGUUGGCUUUCUGGUCUCAUAUUGCUCCUGGCUGUCUUAAUAUGUCUUCAUCUUUUAUUUAUUAGAAACUAGGAGAGAGAGCCAUUUUUGUAAACCAGCCAACCAACUUUUAGCCUAAUCCUCUUAUAUAAUGUAAGGUCAACAGAGAGCAUUUUCAUUAUAUAUAUGAGGAGAUUGAAUGUCAUUGAGACCAGUUAAGUGACUUGCCUAACCUCAUUAUGGCUACUAAUGGUGAACCAGGGCUGACACCCAGGACUUCGGGCUUCAGGUGAGUAAUUUGUACUGCAUAGUGCUGUCCUGCUACUCCCUCCGCCUCCCCCACUUCUGCUGUGAUUUAUUGCUGACUAAUGAAGACCAUAUAGUGGCUGGCCCAGCAACAGGGAGAGAAUAAAGUAUUGGAAGGGAGGGUUCCUUGUCCUGCCUUCUUUGGGAGUUGGUCACAUUUCUGCCUUUGUGGAAAACAUCACCUGAGCAACUAAUAACAGGGUAUAUUGCGUGAACAAUAUCUCAGGGAUCAAAUUGACUGUACAUUUGAUGUGCAUUAAUGGCAAGGUGACUGUAAUUUUUUGACCAAACCAGCAUAUGUUUUGAAAGGGCAUUAAAGUAAUGGAAAUUACAUAUUUGGGAUAUUUAUUGGCUUACAAACAUAUUAGUGUACCUACAAAAUAGUUCUAUUCAAAACUAUUUUCAAAAUUAACAUUUUAAGAUAUAUCCUUAUAUAUUAAAACAAUUUAAAAUUUUAUAUUACUUAUAUGAAUAUUAUCUUUAUUUGGCAUGAAUGAUUAUUCUUAGUACUUAUUCAAAUACUUGAGUCAGUUUCUUUUUUUGAAUUUGUAUACAUUCAUGACAUGGAUAUAUUGGGUUGUAAUGAAGUUAACAAUUCUUAGAGUAUUCAUUACCCAAAUAACAAACAUUGUACCAAUUAAGUAAUUUCUCCUCAUCAAUGCCCCUCCCAUCCUCCUACUCUUCAGAGUCUCAAUUGUGUAUCACUCCUCACUCUAUGUCUAUAUGUACACAUUAUUUAGCUCCCACUUAGAAGAACAUGUGACAUUUGUCUUUCUAUGUCUGACUUAUUUCCUAGUUUCUGCACGUGCUCCUGGCCUGGAAAAGUCCCUAACCACAAGUUUGUGCCGUUCCAGACAUGAAGCCAUUAUCAUCUCAGGAACUGAAAUGGCCAAGCAUAUCCAGAAAGAAAUACAGCGAGGUGUGGAGUCAUGGAUUUCCCUGGGGAACAGAAGACCUCACCUUAGCAUCAUUUUAGUAGGAGAUAACCCAGCAAGCCAUACGUAUGUCAGGAAUAAGAUAAGAGCUGCCUCUGCUGUAGGUAUCUGUAGUGAGCUUAUUCUAAAAUCCAAGGAUGUUUCUCAGGAAGAACUUUUGGACAUAACUGAUCAAUUGAACAUGGACCCAAGAGUCAGUGGUAUAUUAGUUCAGUUACCACUGCCAGGCCAUGUGGAUGAACGAACAGUAUGUAAUGGAAUCGCCCCAGAAAAAGAUGUAGACGGAUAUCAUAUUAUCAACAUCGGAAGACUGUGCCUUGAUCAGCAUUCUCUCAUACCUGCCACCGCCAGUGCUGUGUGGGAAAUAAUCAAAAGAACAGGAAUUGAAACAUUUGGGAAAAAUGUGGUUGUGGCUGGAAGAUCCAAGAACGUAGGGAUGCCCAUCGCCAUGCUUUUACACACCGAUGGGGAGCAUGAACGGCCUGGAGGUGAUGCAACUGUGACAAUAACUCACAGGUACACCCCCAAAGAACAGUUGAAGAUCCAUACUCAGCUGGCAGACAUUAUCAUUGUCGCUGCAGGUAUCCCAAAGUUGAUUACAUCUGAUAUGGUUAAAGAAGGUGCGGCUGUAAUUGAUGUGGGUAUCAACUAUGUCCAUGACCCAGUGACAGGAAAGACAAAAUUAGUUGGAGAUGUGGAUUUUGAAGCUGUUAAGAAGAAAGCUAGCUUUAUCACUCCAGUCCCAGGAGGCGUGGGACCCAUGACGGUGGCAAUGCUUCUGAAGAAUACCCUUCUGGCAGCUAAAAAAAUCAUUUAUUAGAUCACAUGACAGAAUGAAGCAAACUGAAGUCAUGUAUUUAUUUAUUUGACAAAAGGCAAAACCUUUAUAUUUUACUACAAAGCUAUUUAUUUCUGCAUUGUAUUUAUUUUUUCAUGGAUGGAAUUGUUGUGGAUCAGAUGAUUCACAUAACUUUAUGCAUUUCCUGCUAACUUAUUUUGAGUUUUAUGGAAAAAAAAGCAAUUUCAAUGAAAAUUUUGGUAACAGUUGUUUUAUUUUGAGGAUAUUUGUUCAUACUGUUAAAACAAUAAAGGGCUCAUAAUAAAUAUAUUUUUGACACAAAUAUCACACACAGUAUGUUUUCAACAAAUGUCUUGUCAACCAGAUGGGCACCCAUGUAACUUGUUAUUUAAGUUUUGCCAUGGCAUGCUCAAAUUUUUAAUAUAUUAAGGUCUAUGUCAUAAGCUGAAAAAGAACUUGCUAAAAGAAAGACAGAAUAUUGAAAAUAAAAUCUUGAUCUCAGAUAUCUCCCAAAUGCAUCCAACAAGACCACCCUACUGAGAAAAGAUGUUCUAUUUAAGGAAAUAAAAACAUUCCAGAAAGGCAAAAAAUGCAGUGCUACUUGGAAAGCAAUGAUUCCAUCACAUCAUAAAUGACUACCUACCACAGUAAAAGUAUAUGAAUAAUAUGUUAGGUUUACAUUUCAUUUCUUUUUUCUUUGAAAAAACAUUUGGACAGUACCUUCACCAAGCAAUAAUGAAAAAAUCCAAUAAUAAAUAAAUACACAAAACUAAAGUUGUAUUUUCCCAUAAAUAUCAGACAAAUAUGAUGUGGUAUAAGUGACGUCAUCAUUACAGAAUAGCAAAUGCUACUGCUAAGUUUGUUCACAAAUUCAGAAAUCUAGUAGGAAAUCAUGAUACUGUCAAUGUGCCAGAACUAAACCUUAUGAUACAUCUAAAGACCUACUGCUUUCUUGCCCACAGUUCUUCCCUCUUCUGUUAUGGUAUUUGGUCCUCAAUGCAGAUGCAAUGUUUCUAACACAAUUUAAAUAAGUAAAUACAUGUGAAUGCCAUUAAAAUCUAUUUUGAGUCUACUGGAGCCAUGUAAUUGCUACUGUGUUUUCAUGCGUAUAUCCCAGUAUAUUUAUGUACCAAUAAUUAUUCUUACCCAAUGCAUGUCUUGAUCAGUGUGUACUCUUGAUCAUUUGUGUGAAAAUAGACUAGAUGUUUAUAAUUAAUAACAUUUCAACUGUAUAAUAAAAGCAAUUUGAAGAAUA